CUUACCAUGACUUCUUCUCUAUCCUCCUACGUCUUUGAUGAUGAAGGCAUGACUUGGAUUACCUGCGAUCUAUGUGCUGGAUCCUUCCAGCUGGGUUAUGCCAGGCCUGCCAUGGAACCAAACUUCGUAGAGUUUCCUACAGCUAUCUCGCUACAGGAUCCUCCCCUCCCCAGGUUCAAGGAGGCACCACUCCUCCACCACCUCCUCCGUCCAGAGGUGGCCAGCAUGGCCGUUCUCACGGAGGCUCAAGUGGCUUCAGUGUCUAUGGUCGUCGUUCUUGAUCACUUUACCUCAUGGCAGACCAUGGUCAGUCUUGCUAAGAAAUGUCUUUCAGGACAUGUAUGAGAGGGGACAGCCGUAUCAGGCUACAUACAAGUGUGCACACUCAAUCGUUUGAGAUACCAUGUGA